AUGAAGCUGAGGGAACCAACGACGCAAGUGGUUGAAAUCAGACGACCAGUUGUGGAACCGCAGCCGGUGAGAGUUGUUGAUAAGUACAUGUGGAUGGAAGGUGAUUAUCUGCAGGUUUGUGAGCGUGGACGCCUGAAGGCAGCUGAGGAACAUUUCUGGACCCAACUGAUUGAAGAAUACCUAAAACCCGUGCAGUCCACACCACAACAGCAAAGCGAAAUCGCUGAGGGUUUGGCUUCAUUGCGUAACAAUAUCGCGUUUGCUAUCAUUCUUGUCAAUGCACUACUUGCACUUGCUAUCUAUCUUAUCCAAAAGCAUAAAAACGUGUUGAGUAUCCGCUGGACACCAUAUCGAGACUUCAAAUGGACCAAAAUGAACGAAAUGACUGGACAGUACGAGGAGACUAAGGAUCCCUUGAAAAUAGAUCCAUUGGGAAUGUUGAUUAUAGUAUUCCUGCUUGGUAUACUUGUUGUGCAGACCAUAGGGAUGCUUAUUCACCGAUUAAAUACAAUGAUUGGAGCGUUCCAAGAAGUCAAUCAGCUUCAUGACUUUGUCCCAGCCUUGAAGUCAAACAAAAUAGAUGAUGAAAGAAUUCUAACUGCUGCUCGACAAAUGAUUGAUACGACAUCCUAUGCAAUGAGCCAUGCAGCCGAUGGCUAUACUAGACAUCGUGAACUUGAUUCUGACAACGAUAAUGUGCUGUACAAACUGCAAAGAGCACGCUUGGCUAAAAGAAUGCAACGAGCAGAGGAAAAAAACUAG